AUGGGUCUGCUGAACAUCUUGAAGAAGAUGAAGAAGGACGAGAGAGAGGCCCGCAUCUUGAUGCUGGGCUUAGACAACGCGGGCAAGACCACAAUCUUGAAGACUUUGUCGCAAGAGGACAUCAGCCACAUCAUGCCAACCCAGGGUUUCAACAUCAAGAGCCUGGUGCAAGACGGUUUCAAAUUGAACGUGUGGGACAUUGGUGGCCAGAAGACCAUUCGCCCGUACUGGAGCAACUAUUUCGAGUCCUCAGAUGCACUGGUCUACGUGAUUGACAGUUCUGACCGGAGACGGCUUGAGGAGAGCGGACAGGAACUGCGUGAGCUUCUUGCUGAAGACAAGCUUGGAGGAAUUCCUUUGCUGGUGUUUGCCAAUAAGCAGGAUCUUCUUCAGGCGACUCCAGCCGAUGAGAUCGCGGCAGCACUCGAUUUGGCCAGCAUCUCUGACCGUACUUGGACGAUCCAGGCGUGCAGUGCAAAGGACGGAAGUGGAUUGGAGGAUGGCAUGCAGUGGUUGAUUGGUGUGAUCAACGAGAAGGCGUGA